AUGUCUUUGCGUGAGCAGCUCCUCGCCACAGCCAAACGAUACCUCGACGCACACAACCAGCGCGACUUUCCUACCAUCGCUGCUUGUUGCACCCCAUCCUGUACCCAUCGAGGUGGACCUUCUUCGGUUAAGGGCCCGACUCGCAACAACGACGAGUAUGUUGCAUUCAAUGUCGAGGUCUUCAAGAUGAUGCACACCUACCAUGCCGAGAUGACGGAAGCCAUUGUCGACGAGACCACGCGCAAAGUUGCCCUGUUCUUGCACGCCAAAGCCACUGCGGACGCUGGCGAGUAUGACAACGAGUAUAUCAUCACGCUAACCAUGAGCGAGGAUGGGAAGUUGGUGGACGAUCAGUAUGAUUUUAUCGACAGCCACACCAUGAUGCAGUGGAUAGCCAAGCUGGGCAAUUUCGGACAAGAAACAUGGGAGAAAAAGUGA